AUUUUGUGGUGAAAAUUCUUCUGUUCUGUAUAACAUAUUUUAUUCUUUUUAAUAAGCAAAGUUUUCCUUGAAAUACAUCAAAAAUAGAGGUAAAAUAUCUAUCAUAAGUUCCACCAAGCGGUUUAUUAUUAAAAAGUCAUCGAUGAAAUGUCAACUUUUGCUUCUGCUUGGAGUUUUCUUUAAAUUAAGUCACUCGGAUUCAGAGCCGCAAACUACUUUAGUAGAAGGCUACCUGUUGUGCAAGAGUUGCGGAGAAGAUUCCACUGUCCUAAACUUGAUAGAUAACACUCGAUUAAGUAAUCACAAUCUUGGAUUUGCAAACAUCACGUUCGGCGAAAAAGAAGUAGUGGUUCAAGAUUUAACAAAUCCUCGAGGGAUCACGUUCAGAAUUCUGAUAAGUAAAAAAGCAAAGUGUGCACAAACAUCUACGUGGUAUAAAGAUUCGACUUGGUUUGAAGGAUACGCGUGGAAAAUUUGUCAGUGUCCUUCUUGUAGAGCUCACAUUGGGUGGAUGUUUGAACCUUUUGAAUCAGCUGCAAAGAAUCCAAUUUAUCCAAGUGACAAAGGAUUUUAUGCGAUCAUACUUGAUUCAGUGAUUUCAGAAGCAUAUGUUAACUCAUUGUUGAUUGUUGACAAAAUAUUACGCAAUUAGAUUAUAAACGGGUUUGACAAAAUGGCAGAUCCAGAUCGUAAAAUAAAUUUAGAUCUUCCCAGCGAUGAUGAGAGUGAUCUUGAAUUGGAUCCUUCUGAAAUAUCAUUAAUAAAAGAUUUUGAAGAGGAAUUUAAGGAUCGAUUCACCGACGACGACAAAGUGUUCACAGAUUUUUGUAAGCAAAAACCAAAACCUCCACCGAUUGUUUUCCCAUUUGAUCAGUUUCAUAAUAAUCGUGGAGGGCAUCGCGGGGGUGGUCGUUAUCAACAUCGCGGUAAUCGUCAUAACUAUAAAAAUCAUCGCAGCGGAAAUAAUCCUUAUGGAAAUAAUUAUACACAUAAUUAUAAAAACAAUUGGAAUCAAGAUCGUCCACCUUCGUAUAAAAAUCCAAGAAUGGACACAACAAAUUCAGGUGGCUCAUAAAAUUUUAUUUGCAUCUCAAGAAAAAGAUUUUGUUUCUAUCUUUUAUCAUAUGCUUAAUUAAAAUGAACAACAUUUGUUUCAUUCAAUACGAAAGAAAGUAAAAGAAUUUAAAUUGUGGAAAACAUGAAAGUUGUCAAUAAAUUUGAUAUUGUUCAGGCUUUUAUUUUAGAUCCUUUAAAUUAAAUCUAA